AUGGAGGUAUCAAAUGAUGUAGGUGUGAUCUUCAGAAUAGUCAACGCGCCGGACAUUGAUCGAGCAUAUCAAAUAGAAUUUCAUGCCGCCGCACAACCUCUUUCCCUCGCUCAUCUUACUCUCAUCUUAACACAUUCGUUCUUUGACCUCUUUUUCUCUUCACCAGGCUACCCACCAGAUGAAGCAGCAAGUCUCGACGUGCUAAAAUACCGCCAAAAUCAAGCUCCUUCCCUUUUCCUUGGAGCUUACCUCCCUGCUUCCGACUACCUAAUCGGUUUUGUUGUUGGCACGCUCACUUGUUCUCCAACUCUUACUCACGCAUCCAUGUCUCAACAUGAAGCGAAGGGUAAAACUGUAUGUGUGCAUUCCGUUUGCGUUGACAACAUGUUUAGACGGCGAGGAGUUGCUACACGCCUGGUGACAGAGUAUGUGAGGCGAAUGAAGGAGGAAAAUUAUGAACGGAUUGUGUUAAUUAGUCAUGAAUAUUUGAUCCCAUUCUACGAGAAUCUUGGGUUUAAGCUAGUUGGAGAAAGCAAAAUUCAGCAUGCUUGCUAA